UAUAUUCUCCGGCCAUUUUCUGAAACCCCGCCGGAGCUUAACAGCUUCACCGUCGUCUUCAUGGCUUCAAAGCUUCUCCUUAAGCGUCACCAAGCGCUAAUCAGGCUCGCUCAAUGGGGUCAGGCUCAGGCUCGAACUCUCCAUUCUGGAAAUCCUAUAUCUACCCUUUAUCUCCCAUUGCAAAGGCUGCACUCUCUCCUUCACUCGCGGCCUUAUUCGGAAACUUCCCAGCGAACAACGAUCAAUCCUUCCUCAGUUGCAGCUAAGAGCAAGUCCGUUUCAAGCUCUCUCAACGAAGCUGAACUUGCCAAGUUCUCCGCCAUAGCUGAAACUUGGUGGGACUCCGAAGGACCAUUCAAGCCAUUGCAUAAGAUGAAUCCUACAAGACUUGCUUUCAUCAGGUCCACACUUUGCCGGCAUUUCGGAAGGGAUCCUUAUUCUGCUAAACCUUUCCAAGGACUGAAGUUUGUGGAUGUUGGUUGUGGAGGGGGAAUUUUAUCUGAGCCUCUGGCUCGAAUGGGGGCUACCGUAAUGGGAAUUGAUGCUGUGGAUAAAAAUAUCAAGAUUGCACGGCUUCAUGCGGAUUUGGAUCCAAUAACUUCAUCAAUUGAAUAUCGUUGCACAACUGCUGAAAAUUUGGUGGAAGAACAGAGGCAGUUUGAUGCUGUAAUUUCUCUAGAGGUGAUUGAACAUGUGGCUGAUCCUGCUGAAUUCAGCAAAUCCUUGUCAGAGUUGACUGUUGAUAGCGGUGCUACAGUGAUAUCAACAAUUAAUCGUUCAUUGAGGGCUUAUGCGGCAACCAUCAUUGCAGCAGAGUAUAUCCUACAUUGGCUUCCUAUAGGUACACAUCAAUGGUCGAGCUUUCUCACGCCAGAAGAACUAGUCCUGAUUCUUCAACGCUGUUCUAUAUCGGUCCAAGAGAUGGCUGGGUUUACGUACAAUCCUUUGACUAAUCACUGGUCAAUAUCAGAUGAUGUUGGUGUAAAUUUUAUCCUCUAUGGCACCAAAAUGGGCAUGAACACACAAGAAAAUCCAACAUCAAGUUGAAACUUGGAAGUUUUGCAUUUCAUCUUUGGAAUACCUUUUUGUUUUUACCCUUCAAAUGAAGGUUACAGUUUUUGGACUACUGUCUUUAGCUCAUCAAGUGAACACAUAUUGUAUAUUAAACCCUAACCAAUAAUUCCAUGGAAAUUGUCCCUCCAAACUUGGUGUUCCUCAUUAUUGCUC